AUAUUCAUUAUUUUUUUUUAACUUUCGCGUUCUCUCUCAUUCUCCUUUUUUCUUUCUCUCUUGGAAACCAACCGUUACAGCUAUCCCCUUCUCUGCCAAAUUCGAGCACGAUUUCUAAAAAAAUGCAUUUCGCGAAUCUGGAUGACACUCCGAUGUUCCGCCAACAGAUGCAGUGUUUGGAGGAAAGUGCAGAAUCGUUGCGCGUGAGAUGCUGCAAGUUCUAUAAAGGAUGUCGAAAGUAUACGGAAGGUCUUGGAGAGGCAUAUGAUGGGGACAUCGCAUUUGCCAGUGCCAUAGAAAGCUUCGGAGGCGGGCAGAAUGAUCCUCAUUUUAUUGCUUUGGGAGGACCUGUUUUGACCAAAUUUACUCUAGCGUUGAGAGAAAUCAGUACAUACAAGGAACUGCUCCGGUUACAAGUAGAUUACAUUUUCAAUCAUCGGUUACAACCGAUUGUCAAUGUUGACAUCCAUGAAGUCAAGGAAGCUCGAAAACGUUUUGAUAAAUCCUCCCUUGUAUAUGAUCAGGCACGUGAAAAAUUUAUGUCACUCAGAAAAAGUACUAAGAUUGACAUUGCCACUGUCAUUGAAGAGGAACUGCAAGAGGCAAGAGCAUCAUUUGAGGAGGCCCGUUUCAAUUUGGUUAGCACUCUUAAUAACGUUGAGGUGAAGAAGAGAUUCGAGUUUUUAGAGGCUGUAACUGGAAUUAUGGAUGCUCAUUUUCGAUACUUUCAACAGGGGUAUCAGCUAUUGCAUCAGAUGGAACCUUUCAUCAAUGAGAUUAUGGAUUAUGUACAUCAGUCAAGAGAAAAUUUCAAUAACGAGCAGAUUCAACUUUAUCAAAGAAUGCAAGACUACAAGAAACAAGCUUAUGAAGAAAGUAGGUUGUCCUUGAGUGGUCCCUAUGGUUCUCCUCUUGGAGACUCUGCACAUCCAUUUUCUAGGAUAUCAAAUGAGGCUGCAGAUGUAGUAAUGGAAUCUGCAGCAAAUGGAAAGGUUCAAAUCAUUCGACAAGGACAUCUUUCAAAACGAUCCUCCAAUUUGAGAGCUGAUUGGAAAAGAAGGUAUUUUGUUCUUGACAGUCGGGGAAUGUUAUACUACUACCGCAAACCAUGGAACGGGUCAUAUGGCAGCAAUCAACCAUCUCCAAAGAAGAAUAGUGGCAUUGAAAAUGGUUCUGGGAUUCUAAGUCGAUGGCUUUCUUCUCAUUACCAUGGAGGCGUCCAUGAUGAAAGAUCUAUAGCACGUCAUACAGUUAACCUGCUAACAUCAACAAUCAAGAUUGAUGCUGAUCAGUCAGAUUUGAGAUUCUGCUUCAGAAUUAUUUCGCCUACAAAGAACUAUACGUUGCAGGCAGAAAAUGCAGUGGACCAGAUGGAUUGGAUGCAAAAGAUAAAUGGAGUAAUUGCUACCUUGUUGACUGUCCAAACACUGGGAACGCCUCCGUCAGCUGACUCAGAAAACGACGACUCUAACUCUGAUGACAAUAUUGAUAAGUCAGAAAGUUAUCCAGAUGAUGAUCAUGCUUUGAAAGCGAAGUCUGCAUUAGAUAAACCCACCCGUAAUAAGCACUUACGUUCAUCUAGAAGUAUGCACUUACAUACACACACUAUGAGAACUGAAAAGCCAAUUGAUGUUCUUAGAAGUGUAAGCGGAAAUGAUAAAUGUGCUGAUUGUGGUAAACCUGAACCGGACUGGGCAUCCUUAAACCUUGGCAUCCUCAUAUGCAUUGAGUGUUCUGGUGUUCAUCGUAAUCUUGGUGUACAUAUAUCAAAAGUAAGAUCGCUGACACUUGAUGUUAAAGUUUGGGAUUCCUCUGUCUUAAGUAUGCUUAAAUCACUAGGCAAUCUUUUUGCAAACUCAGUUUGGGAGGAGUUGUUGCAUUCACAGGGUAAUUUGCAAACUGUUGACACCCUUGCUAGUUCAUCCAAGGAAAAUGAAGAGGAGAUCUUCCAUGCAAGAAAGCCAAAACAUGACGAUCCGAUUUUAGUAAAGGAAAGGUUCAUUCAUGCAAAGUAUUCUGAGAAAAUAUUUAUUCCCCGGAUCACGGAAAGCCACCCUAUCCAUUCACUAGCGCAAAAGUUGCAGGAAAGCAUCUGUGCAAAUGACAAGAAAGCAGUGUACCAGCUUAUUGUUAAGUUGAAUGUUGACGUGAAUACCAUCGGUUGUCAAGCAUUGUCUGGUGACACUUUGGACAUGGCUUCAAGUAAUUUAAACAUUGCAUCUCAAAGUGAAAAUCAGGUCGUUGAGGACGUAAAAGAUGGCUCUAGCGCGCUUCACCUGGCUUGCCUAAAUAGUGACAAUGGCAUGGUGGAGCUACUCCUACAGCUUGGGGCAGAUAUAAAUGCUUCUGAUUCCAGAGGUCGGACACCACUUCAUUGUUGUAUUAUUGGAGGGAAGACUGCAGCUGCAAAAGUUCUUAUCUCGAGGGGAGCGAAUACAUAUGUGGCAGAUAAAGAAGGCAACACUCCUAUUAAGCUUGCAACAGAAUCCCAAACUCUUGACAAAGAAAUUAUCAAUCUCUUGACAAGCAGAUAACAUGCCCAAACUCUUACUAAAAACACUCAUUACUAAACUAAAUGUUUCGGAUACAACAUCACUAUUUUUGUCACUUCUCCACAAGCAACGCAUGCAACCACAAAGGGGCCUGGACCAACUGCUUUAGCUUUAUUGGGCCAUCUUCAUAAUUCAAGGAUGUGAUGGGCUCAUA